AUGGUUCCCCUCCUGCCUCCCGAUCACCCUCACUCAGUCACCCAGCCCACCGAGGACAGCCGCUCUAGCAGACAAGCCAAAAAGGACAAUGCAGCUUCACACAAGCGCUCCAAAAGCAGCGUGUCACUGCGCUCCCUCGGAAGAGACAAGGAAAAGGACAAGGAGAGGAAGAGUCGAAAGGAAAGAGAAAAGGAAAAGCAAAGCCAGCGUGCUGCGAACGACCAAGACAACCGCGACACGGGCCGUUCACGCAUGAAGAAGACAAAGUCGUCAACCAGCCUACGCGGCUUGCUCGGAAAGAUGAACCGUUCGUCCAAGGAUCUCAGCGAUACAAUCCAUGACAAGGAGAACCAGAGCCCGCCGCCCUCUGCCUUGGAACCCACCACAACUUCGCCGUGGCCUCAACAUCUUCCCACUACUCAGCAUGCCCCGGGUGGAGACGCAGACAUUGAUCGCUACACGCCGAAAGACUACACACCGUCCAAGCAAAGAGACUUCUCGGCAUACGGCCAGCCAGUCCUUUCAAGACCGCCCUCAUCAAGCCGGCCCAAAAGUCUCGUCAUUCCCGGAUCGACAUCUUUCUUUGAUGUGCUCAACCGCCCAACCAGCCGUGAAAAAGAACGAGCUCAACUUGGUUCGCGUGGGAGCGACCGCAGCUUCGACGCAGGUAAGCAGUCUUUCGACCGAAAAGUGAGCUCUAGCAGCAAUGAGCGUCCUGCUCCAAAGGCCCUGUCAAACAUCCCAAAGCGAGGUCCCCGUGUCAUGGCCGCCGUUGCUGCUUUCGAUGAAAAGGCUAGAGAGGGUGUGCCUCUGAAAGACGAGCAGAAGCUUGAUCCAAAAACUGUCGAUGCUGCUUUUGAGGCCGUCUUGGAUUCACGCAAUAUCCCCGAAAACAUGCGCCAAAAGAUGCGUACUCUGACACUACGCGUCAAGGCCGAUUUUGUCAAACAAGACAAGGGUGCCACGGGUGCUCCUCCAAGUCCCACCAAACCAGAAUCUCGCCUCCCGUUCUUCCAUGACGAGCCUACACAAUCCCAGGCUGUCGACCCUGCAGAGGAAGAGGUCAAAGAAGAUCUCUCCAAGAGGUCCAGAUCAAGAAGUAAGACAUUCACCCUGACCAGAAGUGAUGCAUCUCCAAAGAAGCAGAAGCCAGACAGUCGACCAAACUCAAUCCACAUACCAAGAUCAUCGGGAACUUUGCCCAGACACUAUGCGCCUUCAUCACCAGGCAGGGGUCCACAAGCUGCAUGCCCCGAUGAGUUUGUCGCAUAUCUGGAGAACGUCCGUGAUCCUGUCCAGAUGGAAGUUGGUAGACUACACAAGCUCCGACUUUUGCUUCGCAAUGAGACUGUUGCUUGGGUCGACAACUUCAUAUCACUAGGUGGUAUGACUCAAGUUGUGGAUCUGCUGCAUCGCAUCAUGCAGAUUGAAUGGCGUGAAGAGCAUGAAGAUCAGCUACUUCAUGAAGCCUUGCUCUGCUUGAAGGGACUAUGCACCACCGAAGUUGCCCUCAAGAAUCUCUCUGGUCUGGCGGAUGCUUUGUUCCCAAAAUUGCUGGCAAUGCUGUUUGAUGAGGAGAAGAAGGGCCCGAGCGAAUUCACCACCAGGGGCAUAAUCGUCAAUAUUCUUUUUGCAUACUUGGGCGCAGCUCGCAAUGAGGGGCCAGAAGCGCUUGCUCACAGGGCUCGUGUAAUUCUCGCCUAUCUCGCAGACCCACAGAAACCCGAAGAAGCACAGCCAGUGUCCUUUGUACUUAGUAUGCGACAGUCACGACCAUACAAGGUCUGGUUUACCGAGGUCAGCAACGUGACGAAGGAGGUGUUCUGGAUCUUUUUACAUCACCUCAACGUUAUACCACUUCCAAAGAAGGAGCCUUUAGAUGGAAGCAGUCCGACUCAGCCACAAGCAGACGCUACGCUGAUCUCAACCCAUAGCUUUGCUGAGAAAUUCUUCCCGGGAGACCGUCCGCCCGUUCCAGCUGCUCCCUAUAUUGGUGGCGUUGAAUGGGAUGCGACCACAUACAUGACAGCACAUCUGGAUCUUGUCAACGGACUCAUCGCUUCACUUCUGACCAGAGAUGAUCGCAACCAGCUUCGUUCGGAGCUCAAGGCCAGUGGCUGGGAGAAGAUGAUGGGAGGUACCAUGCGUACGUGCAAAGAGAAGUUUUAUUGUGGUGUACAUUCUGGCUUGCAGAACUGGAUCGCAGCCGCUCAAGCCGAUGGCUGGGACAUUAGGUAUGUCCGAUACGGCCCAAGCAAGGAAGAGAUGGCUGCUUCCAGCCCGAAAAAGAGUCCCAAGAAGACGGACUCACCGCCGCAGCUCGGUCUUCCCAUGAUCCAGAUGCCCAAAUUGACUCUCGGACUGGAUCGGUCAAGCUCGACACCUGCUUUUAACGCCAGUAAUGAUAACGAUGGAUGGUUGCUUUGA